GAGCUGCAACCGUAGCUUGUUGAGAUGUUGCAUAGCUUUCAGAGAACUAGGAAAGUAAUGGUGGACUCUCAUGAAGCACAAAGACAGAUAAUGUUUGAGGCAAAUUCCUUCACCGGCCCUGCGUAUGAGAAAUUCUGCAAUGAUGCCCAGCGGCAUGCUACUCUCAAGCUGGAGGUCGAGCUUAGGAACUGGAGGUCCUGCUUCGUGAGCUACGUCAGUGCUCAGAAGGCGUACAUCGAAUCCCUUGAUGGUUGGUUGUCCAAGUUCAUGCUCACAGACACCAUCCGUUAAUCCCGGGGAUCUCCUUGAUCGCGCUCGACAGGACCAGCGAGUAGCACACUACGCUGUCGACAACCGGAUCCUCCUCACAACUG